UGUUGGUUUGAAGCGAUUUUUCCCUAGGAGUUUACUGGAUUCUGUCAAGGCCAAGACACUAAGAAAACUGAUCCAGCAGACGUUUAGACAGUUUGCCAACCUUAACAGAGAAGAAAGUAUUCUGAAAUUCUUUGAAAUCCUCUCCCCAGUGUACAGAUUUGAUAAAGAAUGCUUCAAGUGUGCUCUUGGUUCAAGCUGGAUUAUUUCAGUGGAACUGGCGAUCGGCCCAGAAGAAGGAAUCAGUUACCUCACGGACAAGGGCUGCAACCCAACACAUCUGGCUGACUUCAACCAAGUGCAGACCAUUCAGUAUUCAAACAGCGAAGACAAGGACAGAAAAGGAAUGCUACAACUAAAAAUAGCAGGCGCACCCGAGCCUCUGACAGUGACAGCACCAUCCCUAACCAUUGCAGAGAAUAUGGCUGACUUGAUAGAUGGAUAUUGCCGGCUGGUGAAUGGAGCCACGCAGUCUUUUAUCAUCAGACCCCAGAAAGAAGGUGAACGGGCUUUGCCAUCAAUACCAAAGCUGGCCAACAGCGAGAGGCAAGGGGUGCGGACACACGCCGUCUCCGUGUCAGGAGUCAGUCACUGCCAGCAUAAAGUUAAGAAAGCUAGGCGCUUUCUCCCUUUGGUCUUCUGUUCCCAUGAACCUCCUCCUACGGAUGAAAUUAGUGGGGACGAAACAGACGAUUAUGCUGAGAUUAUCGACGAAGAAGAUACUUACACCAUGCCCUCAACCAGGGAUUAUGAGAUUCAAAGAGAAAGAAUAGAACUUGGACGGUGUAUUGGAGAAGGCCAAUUUGGAGAUGUACAUCAAGGCGUUUAUAUGAGUCCAGAGAAUCCAGCUUUGGCGGUUGCAAUUAAAACAUGUAAAAACUGUACUUCGGACAGCGUGAGAGAGAAAUUCCUUCAAGAAGCCUUAACAAUGCGUCAGUUUGACCACCCUCAUAUCGUGAAGCUGAUUGGAGUCAUCACAGAGAACCCUGUCUGGAUCAUCAUGGAGCUGUGCACUCUUGGAGAGCUGAGGUCGUUUCUGCAAGUAAGGAAAUACAGUUUGGAUCUAGCGUCUUUGAUCCUGUAUGCCUAUCAGCUUAGUACAGCUCUUGCGUAUCUAGAGAGCAAACGAUUUGUGCACAGGGACAUUGCUGCUCGGAAUGUUCUGGUGUCCUCAAAUGAUUGUGUCAAAUUAGGAGACUUUGGAUUAUCCCGAUAUAUGGAAGACAGUACUUACUACAAAGCUUCCAAAGGAAAAUUGCCUAUUAAAUGGAUGGCUCCAGAGUCAAUCAAUUUUCGACGUUUUACCUCAGCUAGUGAUGUGUGGAUGUUUGGUGUGUGUAUGUGGGAGAUACUGAUGCAUGGUGUGAAGCCUUUUCAAGGAGUGAAGAACAAUGAUGUGAUCGGUCGAAUUGAAAAUGGGGAAAGAUUACCAAUGCCUCCAAAUUGCCCUCCUACCCUCUACAGCCUUAUGACGAAAUGCUGGGCCUAUGACCCCAGCAGGCGGCCCCGGUUCACUGAGCUCAAAGCUCAGCUCAGCACAAUCCUGGAGGAGGAGAAGGUGCAGCAAGAAGAACGGAUGCGGAUGGAGUCCAGAAGACAGGUCACAGUGUCCUGGGACUCCGGAGGGUCCGAUGAAGCGCCGCCCAAGCCCAGCAGACCUGGUUAUCCUAGUCCAAGGUCCAGCGAAGGAUUUUAUCCCAGCCCACAGCACAUGGUACAAACCAAUCAUUACCAGGUCUCUGGCUACCCUGGUUCACAUGGAAUCCCAGCCAUGGCUGGCAGCAUCUACCCAGGUCAGGCAUCUCUUUUGGACCAAACAGAUUCAUGGAAUCAUAGACCACAGGAGAUAUCAGUGUGGCAGCCCAACGUGGAGGACUCCGCGGCCCUGGACCUGCGAGGCAUCGGGCAGGUGCUGCCGACCCACCUGAUGGAAGAGCGGCUCAUCCGACAGCAGCAGGAGAUGGAAGAAGACCAACGCUGGCUGGAGAAAGAGGAGAGAUUUCUGAAGCCUGACGUGCGGCUCUCUCGAGGCAGCAUCGACAGGGAGGAUGGGAGUCUUCAGGGCCCGACUGGAAACCAACACAUAUAUCAGCCUGUGGGUAAACCAGAUCCUGCGGCUCCACCAAAGAAGCCGCCGCGCCCCGGAGCCCCCGGUCACCUGGGCAGCCUCGCCAGUCUCAGCAGCCCCGGGGACAGUUACAACGAGGGCAUCAAGCCGUGGAGGCUUCAGCCCCAGGAAAUCAGCCCCCCUCCCACUGCCAACCUGGACCGGUCCAAUGACAGGGUGUACGAGAACGUGACGGGCCUGGUGAAAGCUGUCAUCGAAAUGUCCAGUAAGAUCCAGCCAGCCCCGCCAGAGGAGUAUGUUCCCAUGGUGAAGGAAGUCGGCUUGGCCCUGAGGACAUUAUUGGCCACCGUGGAUGAGACCAUUCCCGUCCUGCCAGCCAGCACUCACCGAGAGAUUGAGAUGGCCCAGAAGCUGUUGAACUCCGACCUGGGUGAGCUCAUCAACAAGAUGAAGCUGGCCCAGCAGUAUGUCAUGACCAGCCUCCAACAGGAGUACAAAAAGCAAAUGCUGACCGCUGCUCACGCCCUGGCCGUGGAUGCCAAAAACUUACUCGAUGUCAUUGACCAGGCGAGACUGAGAGUGCUCGGGCAGACGAGACCGCACUGAGCCGCCCGAGGAGGAUGUUCUCCAGCGUUCCACCAGCAGUGAGGAGCUAACCUGUCCUCGGACGCCAGCACUUACAGCACCAACUUUCUGACUGACAGCUGGUUGAAAAUCUCUCUCAUAUAAGUUUAACCACAUUUUGAUUUGGGUUCAGUUUUUGUUUUGUUUUUUUAAUCAUGAUAUUCAGAAAAGUCCGGGAUCCAAAAUGUGGCAUUUUUCUGGGAAUGAGAAUUGUACAUGAGAAGCUUUUAAGAAUCAUGAAGAACAGAUUAUGUUCUCAUUGGGAUAUGUUGUCAUGGAGUGGGCCACGGUGGUGACCUGUUAGUUCCUGAACUGGCUUAGCUGCAUAUUGGAACAAGGGAGGAUGAAGCGGAGAAUCCCAGGAAACCCAAGGGGCUGGGAAUUCUGUUGCCUCCCACGGAAUUAUUACCCAGACUGGAAGUUUUGUUGUUGUUAGAACACUCUUCAGUUGCAAUAUGCUAAUCCCAUUUUACAAAGAAAGAAUAUAAAAGCUAUAUUUUGAAAACUUGAGUCAUUUCAGAAAAAAUGACGACCCUUUCAUCUUCCUGCCUUUGACUUUCAUGUGGAUCUGUGAAGCAUUUGGUUGGAAACUAGCCGUAGAACACACUAAAACUUUUGUCUUUUUUCACCAGAAUAAUGUGCCAGUUUUUUGUAGCAAUGUUAUUUCUCUUGGAAGCAGAAAUGCUUUGUCCCAGAGCACCUCCAAACUGCGUUGAGAAGAAGUUCUGGAACCAUCCCUGUUUUCCAUUUUUAUAUAAUUUAUAAAGAAAGAUUAAAGCCAUGUUGACUAUUUUACAGCCACUGGAGUUAACUAACCCUUCAUUGUGUGUCUUCCCAGGAGAGAAUUAAGCAAAGCAGCGAGAUUUGGUUUUCCUUGAAUAUCCAGUUAUACCAUCCAUUCUGUUAAAUAAUUUUGAAAAAUACACCCUCCCUUUAGUUUGUUGGGGGAUAUAAAUUAUUCUCAGGAAGAAUAUAAUGAACUGUACAGUUACUUUGACCUAUUAAAGAGGUGUUACCAGU